AUGGCAGCGACAAAACACAAAUAUGAAUUCGGUGGCCCGUUAGGCACUGCAUCGCUAGUCUUUGGCCUCCCCGUUCUGCUCUAUUUCUUUUACUUCACCUGCAACGACAUCACUGGCUGUCCGGCCCCCGCGCUCCUUGAGCCUCGGUCUCUCUCGCUGAAGCAGCUGAAAGAUCAAAUUCCGUGGCCUCAGGAUGGAAUCUGGGGCUUUGCUAGCUGGAAGGUCAGCGGCUGGGUGAUGAGUUACUACUUGCUCAGCCUGGUGCUUUACCGAGUGCUCCCGGGCCAGGAGGUCUAUGGCACGAAGCUGAGGGAAUCAGGGCGGCCACUAAAGUACAAGCUGAAUGCGUUUUCUUCGAGUCUUGUUCAGCUGGCUGCAUGCGCCGUAGGAACACUUCUAUAUGGCGCCGACUUUCCUCUCUGGACUUUUAUCGACGAAAACUAUCUGCAGAUAUACACAGCCAAUCUUAUCCUCGCAUUCGCAAUCUCCAUGUUCGUAUACGUGCAAAGUUUUAGCGUCAAGUCAGGCAACAGCGAAUUGAGAGAACUCGCGCUGGGCGGCCAAACCGGCAAUAUAAUGUACGACUUCUUCAUCGGCCGUGAGCUCAACCCUCGCGUCACACUCCCCUUCUUUGGCGAGAUUGAUCUCAAAGUCUGGUUGGAGAUGCGGCCUGGUUUGACGGGCUGGAUUCUGCUUGAUCUUGCAUUUGUUGCGAAGCAGUACCGCACGUACGGAUACGUGUCUGACAGCAUUCUCUUCGUUGCCUCAGUCCAGGGAUACUACGCACUUGAGGGUCAAUAUGCCGAAUCGGGAAUUCUGGUCAUGAUGGAUACAAUUACUGAUGGUCUAGGCUUCAUGCUGUCCUUUGGGGACAUUGUCUGGGUGCCAUUUCUUUACUCUACGCAAACCCGCUACCUCUCUGUCUUCCCAUUGCAGCUUGGCUGGACAGGAAUCUCCGUCGUGUCAGCCGUCUUUGCCGUUGGGUUAUACAUCUUUCGCGCAUCCAACUCGCAGAAACGCAUCUUUCGCACGCAGCCAGACCACCCCAGCGUUAGAAACAUGUCUUUCAUACAAACCAAGCGAGGGACAAGACUGCUUGCGGAUGGAUGGUGGGGAGUGUCGCGCCACAUCAACUACUUUGGGGACUGGCUGCAGGCGUCGCCAUUCAGCCUUCCUACCGGUAUAGCAGGAUACAUGAUUCUGCCCGCUGGGGCUGCUGCUACGGCGGGAGCAAGUGUAGUCACGAUGCUGGAUGGCAGACAAGUGGUGCAGGGGGCGGCAAGAGGAUGGGGCAUGAUUUACACGUAUUUCUAUGUGCUGUAUUUCGCUUCGCUGCUGAUACAUCGUGAGGGGAGGGAUGAUGCGGCGUGCGCAGAGAAGUAUGGAGAGGAUUGGGAAAAGUAUAAAAAGGCAGUCAAGUGGAGGAUUUUGCCUGGUAUUUACUAG